UACAUUGAUUUCUAAGGGAAAAAUUGCUUCAGUUUUCGAACUUUUCGGUUCACGAACAGCCUCCUGAAAUUAGAUAAGUUGAAAAAUCGGGGGGUUCCACUGUACGUUAUAUUUUACACAUUUAAGAUUGAAUAAUCUGAAUAUUGCACUUCUCUCUUUUUUACUCCAUCCGUGCUUUCUGAGGUAUUUCACUUGAACCGUAUGCAUUACCCUAUCACUUGAUUCUGAGCUAUUUCCAAUUUAUCCCAAAAAAAACAUCCCCAAACUAAAUCUUGACCACCAAAACGCCAUCUAACUUGAAAAGUAUCUGCAAAUAUGUUUUCCUCGCCAAACUUGCCACAAAAGAGACUUAACACAGACAAAUACACAACCAUCACAAAGUUGUACACCUUUCUUUUUUUUGUACAGUAGUUGUAUCUCAUCUCUGAUUGGCCAGGAAGAGCUGUACUCAUCAUCAACAUGAGACAUGGAAACGUAUAAAAUACCUCUGAAUGUGUGUGUGCGACCUAAGUACACAGUACAGAGAGUAUGCUAUUGCUAUGUUAGUACUGCUUAGAGUGAGAUAAAAGUUCUGAUGAAAAUAAUCUGUGUAUCGCUAAUGUUGUUUCACACUUGUUUGUAGAAAUGUUAAAGUUUGAACAUGGAGAUCAGCACUAACAGGUCUGACAUUUUUAUUCACGUCCAUCCGUGUUAUAAAUUAGACAUGUUGAAUGUGUUGUUCAGUAACCCGUCUGCAGUCUGCUUCCUGUUCCAUGUUUUCCUCAGCUCAUUAUCUGCUGCCACCGUAUGUGGAAACCUGCUGGUAAUACUCUCCAUCGCUUAUUUCAAACAACUGCAAACUCCUUCCAACGCUCUCGUCCUGUCUCUGGCUGUGGCUGAUCUCCUGGUCGGGAUCAUUGUUUUCCCUCUCUCCAUCGCGUUCCCUUUGACCCCGUGUAUUUUUCACCACGAUGUGUUUUGCGCUGUACGCGGUACUUUCGAAGUGUGCCUGUGCACAGCAUCCAUUCUGAACCUGUGCUGCAUUUCCAUCGACAGAUACUACGCCGUUUGUCGACCGCUCUCCUACAAAACCAGGAUGAACGACAACGUCGUUUUAGUGAUGAUCCUGCUGAGCUGGACUGUUUCUGCUUUGGUUGGACUUGGUUUAGUUUUUGUGGGGAUGAACCAGGCGAACUGCGAGGACUGUUUCGUCGAUAAGGUGGUGGCAAACGUGAUGGGCCUUAUUUUUGCAUUUUACCUUCCGGUGGUCAUCAUGCUCUGUAUCUACUUAAAGAUUUUCGCCGUCGCACAAAAACAGGCGCAUAGCAUCCAGAACGCAACGAGCCAGAUCAGGAAGUCCGGAGGAGCGAUCAGUAAGAUGGAGAAAAAGGCCACAAAGACAUUAGCUACAGUUAUGGGAGUAUUUCUGAUCUGCUGGUUGCCUUUCUUUCUGUGUACCACCGCGAGGUCCUUUAGUCGUGUUUUUGUUCCGCUUGAGUUUGUCGAAUUUCUGAACUGGCUCGCACUUUCUAACUCCAUGCUUAAUCCACUCAUCUAUGCCUUCUUCUAUAGCUGGUUCAGGUCAGCGUUCAGGAUGAUCGUCUCUCAUCAGAAUGAUAGUGUAACUGCAGUACUGGUUGUCACCUGA